AAAGAAGUUUGUACCUCUUAUGUGAAGUAUCAAGGAGCAAGGAAGAAAAUGGGGAGGAAAUAAGGCAAUUUCCCAUGUUCUACUAACUGAGAAAAAGGGUGUCUAUGGCAAGUUGCUUGGGCUCUGGGACCAACCUCCACAAUAAUGAGACUCCAUGGUUUCUUCUUGGCUCUCUUUGCCGUCUUCCAGGUACUGCACGCUAUCAGCAGUGCACUCAAUUUUGAAAGACCUUGCUACCUCCGAGGAGGUAUCUGCCUGAAGCAGGGGACACCAAACUGUGAGCCUUUCAGAGGACCCUGCAGAGCUUUCACUGUCUGCUGCAAAAUAAGAAGUUGACACGCCAGAGGGUCAAGGAACCUGGCGGGUGAGGGAUCUGAGUGUGGCUCCUGUGGUCUGAGUGAGAGCAACAUGUUCAAGUCUGAACCAUACAUCUCACUGCCGUCACCAUUGCUGGCUAUUGUGGCCAGAGAAGAGGUAGGCAGAGUGAGGAAGACAAUGGGGAGAAUCCAUGUAUAUUAUAAUAUUUACAAAGAUUUUUAUUUGAAAACAUUCUGUUUUAUCAAACACAUUUUAUAGAUAUAGAAAUUAAAAUUUAACCAGGUUGAAAAACUUGCCAAAAAAAAAUCACAGACAAUAAAUAGAAAUGCCAAGUCAAAGGCUCUUCUAUUUUCCAAAAACACUCUGCCUAUAUGGAAUGGGGCUGGAUGCAAAAGAGUUCACCAGUGCGAGGUGGGCUAGCUGGAGACAAGCUACUAUAGUAGGUAAAGUGUUAUCCAAAAAGCUCGCUGAGGAAUGGCAUCAUGACGCUGGGCCCGAGGAGGAAGCCUCUGUAAGUUUCUAUUGCUAUAAUAAACAUC